AAUGCUGCACAUACGUAAAAGAAAACAGCAAAAUGUGAUGUUGUGUAAGAAAGGUGGUGAUCUUAAACCAAAAUGUCAAGCAUUUUGUCAGGAUGAAGUUCUUAGUAUUACCAAUAACUUUAAAUCAGUAAUUGGAGAAGGGGGGUUUGGAAAAGUGUACCUUGGAAAAUUACAAGAUGGUACACAAGUUGCAGUAAAAUUACUUUCUAAGUCAUCACAACAAGGAUUUAAUGAGUUUGAAUCAGAGGCAAAAUUAUUAUCCAUGGUUUAUCAUAAGAACUUGCUUUCUCUUGUUGGUUACUGUGACAAUGGUGACAUAAGAGCAUUGAUUUAUGAAUAUAUGGCAAAGGGAAAUCUCCAUCACCAAUUGUCAGGUAAAAACCCUUAUGUUUUAAAGUGGAAUGAGAGACUUCAAAUAGCAUUAGAUGCAGCGUGUGGGCUAAACUAUCUACACAAUUGCUGUAACCCACCAAUAAUUCAUAGAGACCUAAAAUCAUUUAAUAUCUUGCUAAGUGAAAACAUGCUUGCUAAGAUUGCUGAUUUUGGACUAUGUAAAGCUUUUACAAGUGACACCGACACUCACAUUUCAACUCGUCCGGCUGGCACGUUUGGUUACAUAGAUCCUGAAUUUUAUAGAUUUGGAAACUUGCACAAAUCCAGCGAUGUUUACAGUUUUGGGAUAAUUCUACUUGAGUUGAUGACGGGUCGAUCAGCAAUUAUGAGAACAGCUGAAGGCAGGAGUCACAUUGUUGAUUGGAUCAGUCCAAAGUUUGAGGCUGGGGAUAUAGAAUCCAUUAUGGAUCCAAAGUUAGAGGGGAACUUCAAUAUCUCUUCAGCAAGAAAGGUUUUAGAGAUAGCCAUGUGUUGCAUUAAACCAAGUGGUGUGAAAAGACCAGAUAUAAGUAAUGUAGAGAAUUAUCUAAAGCAAUGUUUGGCCUCGGACACAUUGCCUGAAGGUGCAGAAAGCAGCAGUUUAUUCUCAAGCACCACAUUUGAUUCCAGUUUUUAUCAAUGUGGAUCAUCACACUCACCGCCAUUAUCUGUCAGGGAAGAAUGUUUGUAGCGACAAGUUAAUUCAUGUAAGUUUUUCUCAA